CGGGUUGUGUACGUGGAAGCAGCCAGCGCCUGCGCAGUCGGAACCUUUCGUCUCAGCUGUGAGGGAAUCGCUGAGGGGCAGAGCCCCGGCUCGCGGGAGACCGUCGGGGUGCGGGGCAUGGCCCCCUGCUGACAGAGCCCGCCGCGUGGAGAGGGGGCGAGGCUUUCCACGCACCCUUCCCCGGGCCUGCGACCGUCGGCCUGGACCUCAGCCUUCCCGCUCGGUGCCGCCGCCGCCGCCACCGGCGGCUGAGGAGGGGCGAUGAGCUGGUUCAACGCCUCCCAGCUCUCCAGCUUCGCCAAGCAGGCCCUGUCGCAGGCCCAGAAGUCUAUCGACAGGGUCCUGGACAUCCAGGAAGAGGAGCCGAGCGCCUGGGCCGAGACCAUUCCGUACGGAGAGCCGGGAAUAAGUCCCCCUGUCAGUGGAGGAUGGGAUUCUUCUACCUGGGGAUUAAAAUCAAAUACUGAACCUCAAAGUCAGCCGGUAACCUCUCCUAAAGCAAUUACAAAACCAGUUCGGAGAACCGUGGUAGAUGAAUCUGAAAAUUUCUUCAGUGCCUUUCUUUCUUCAGCGGAUGUCCAGACCAUUCAGAAGAGUCCAGUGGUAUCAAAACCACCAGCUAAAUCACAGCGACCAGAAGAAGAAGUGAAAAGCACCUUACAGGAGUCCUUGCACACUGGACAGUCGAGAACAGCUGAAACAACUGAGUCAAAAGUAAAAGACUCUCCUCUGCCUGUGUCGGGGGAGACUCUGGCCGGAGACGCUCUGUCACCUGAAACUGAAGGCAAGCAUGAAGAAACUGUUAAUAAAGAACUUGAUCCAAAGGUGUCAACUGUAUGUUUGAAAGUAUCUGAAAGUGUAAUUAAUGUGAAAACAACCAGGGAAAAUGUAUCUAACAUGUCUACUCAGCCUCUCACAGCUGAAGCAAAGGACAUGGCUUUGGAACCUAAGGAACAAAAACAUGAAGACAGGCAGAGCAAUACACCUUCUCCUCCUGCUAGUACCUUCUCAUCAGGUACUUCUACCACCAGUGAUAUUGAAGUUUUAGAUCAUGAAAGUGUAAUCAGUGAGAGCUCGGCAAGUUCGAGACAAGAGACUGCAGAUUCAAAAUCAAGUCUGCACUUGAUGCAGACAUCUUUUCAGCUUCUCUCAGCAUCUGCAUGUCCUGAGUAUAAUCGUCUAGAUGAUUUCCCAAAACUUACUGAGAGUUGCUGCUCAUCUGAUGCUUUUGAAAGGAUAGACUCGUUUAGUGUACAGUCAUUAGACAGCCGUAGUGUAAGCGAAAUCAAUUCAGAUGAUGAAUUGUCAGGCAAGGGAUAUGCUUCAGUACCGAUUAUAGUUAAUCCUUCAACUCCGAAGACUAAAACAGUUGAAUCUGUUGAAGGAAAGCCUGAAGAAGAAAUAAAUGAAACAUUAAUUAUGCCCACCGAGGAAACAGAAUUGGAAGAAAGUGGACGGAGUGCAACUCCCGUUAACUGUGAACAGCCUGAUAUCUUGGUUUCUUCUACACCAGUAAAUGAAGGACAUGCUGUCUUAGAUAUGGUUGGUGAGCAGGGUGAAGCUGCUGACAGUCAGCCAGAAGCACUUUCUGAGAAGGAAGAUAUGUGCAAGACAGUUGAAUUUCUGAAUGAGAAAUUGGAUAAAAGGGAAGCUCAGUUAUUAUCGCUAAGUAAGGAAAAAGCACUUCUUGAAGAAGCUUAUGAUAAUCUGAAAGAUGAAAUGUUCAGAGUGAAAGAAGAAAGCAGCAGCAUUUCUUCCUUGAAAGAUGAGUUUACUCAAAGAAUUGCAGAAGCAGAAAAGAAAGCUCAGCUAGCCUGCAAAGAGAGAGAUGCCGCUAAAAAGGAAAUCAAAAGUAUAAAAGAAGAACUUGCUACUAGAUUAAAUAGUAGUGAAACUGCAGACCUUUUGAAAGAGAAAGAUGAGCAGAUCCGAGGGUUAAUGGAAGAAGGAGAAAAACUUUCCAAACAGCAGCUGCACAAUUCUAACAUCAUUAAGAAAUUAAGAGCUAAAGACAAAGAAAAUGAAAAUAUUAUUGCAAAGCUAAACAAAAAAGUUAAAGAGCUAGAAGAAGAGUUACAACAUUUAAAACAGGUCCUUGAUGGCAAAGAAGAGGUCGAGAAACAACACAGAGAAAAUAUUAAGAAACUAAAUUCUGUGGUAGAACGCCAAGAGAAAGAUCUUGGCCGACUUCAAGUAGACAUGAAUGAACUUGAAGAAAAGAACCGAAGUGUUCAGGCUGCCCUUGAUAGUGCAUACAAAGAACUUACUGAUCUCCACAAAGCCAACGCUGCAAAGGACAGUGAGGCCCAGGAAGCUGCUCUGAGUCGUGAAAUGAGGGCUAAAGAGGAACUUUCUGCAGCCCUAGAGAAGGCCCAAGAAGACGCCCGUCAGCAGCAAGAAACAUUAGCGAUUCAGGUGGGGGACCUUAGGCUGGCACUGCAGCGUGCAGAACAAGCAGCUGCCAGAAAAGAGGAUUAUUUACGCCAUGAGAUCAGUGAACUCCAGCAGAGACUCCAGGAAGCAGAGAAUAGAAACCAAGAAUUAAGUCAAAGUGUUUCUUCAACAACAAGACCAUUGCUUCGACAGAUAGAAAAUUUGCAAGCAACUCUAGGGUCCCAGACGUCGUCGUGGGAGAAGUUAGAGAAGAAUCUUUCUGAUAGACUUGGUGAAUCCCAGACUCUGUUAGCAGCAGCCGUUGAGAGAGAACGUGCAACUACAGAAGAACUCCUUGCCAACAAAAUUCAGAUGUCUUCCAUGGAGUCACAGAAUUCUCUCUUAAGACAGGAAAACAGUAGAUUUCAGGCCCAGCUAGAAUCAGAGAAAAGUAGGCUGAGAAGACUAGAGGAUGAAAAUAAUAGGUACCAAGUAGAAUUAGAAAACCUGAAAGAUGAAUAUGUAAGAACACUUGAAGAGACAAGGAAAGAAAAGAUGCUGUUGAAUAGUCAGUUAGAAAUGGAGAAAAUGAAAGUUGAACAAGAAAGGAAGAAAGCAAUUUUCACUCAAGAAGCAAUAAAAGAAAAGGAACGGAAGCCAUUUUCUGUUUCUAGCACUCCCACAAUGUCACGGUCAAGUUCAAUAAGUGGAGUUGAUAUGGCAGGGCUACAGACGUCUUUUCUGUCUCAGGAUGAGCCUCAUGAUCACUCAUUUGGACCAAUGUCUGUAUCAGCAAAUGGAAGCAAUCUUUAUGAUGCUGUAAGGAUGGGAGCGGGAUCAAGCAUUAUUGAAAAUCUACAGUCUCAGCUAAAGCUAAAGGAAGGAGAAAUUACUCAUUUACAGCUAGAAAUUGGCAGUCUAGAAAAAACACGCUCGAUAAUGGCUGAAGAGCUAGUUAAACUAACAAAUCAAAAUGAUGAACUUGAAGAGAAAGUGAAGGAGAUACCCAGACUUCGAACUCAGCUAAGAGAUUUGGAUCAAAGAUACAACACUAUUCUGCAGAUGUAUGGAGAGAAAGCGGAAGAGGCAGAAGAACUUCGAUUAGAUCUUGAAGAUGUAAAAAAUAUGUAUAAGACUCAAAUAGAUGAGCUUUUAAGACAAAGGCUCAGUUAACUUCUGAAAAUUACAUUCCCAUCAAAGUGAAUGUAAACAUUUAACAGCUAAAUGGAAACUUCCAAUAAAUUCUUUUAUAGAAUUAGAAAGUGGAAUUUAAUAUAGAGUUCAACAAAUGAAAAAAAUUGUUUUAUAGUACAUAGUAAUUUUUGCAGUUAAAUUAUUUUGUGCAAUAUUUGAACUUUAUUUUUGAAACUAUUCUUUAAAGAUUUAUUUUUUAAAAUGCCUUUUUUUUUUUUGCCUAAAAUAGCACAGAGAUUUAUUACUUUUUCCUCAUAUCCAUAUGUCAGGAAAGGAGAAUGGUGUUCAUAUAUUGUAAUGUAGAUAUAUAACUGCUUGUUGUAUCUAUAAUUUAUGUGUUUGUAUAUAUUGAGAACAUUCAGAGUGAGAUUAACAUACUGACACUUUGAAGUCUUUCACACUUAGAUCUUCAGUAUACCUACUUACUGUUCAUGAAAAUGGACAUUACGUGUUCAAGUAAAAAAAUGAUUAAACCUGCGGUUAUUAAACUUUGAACUAUUUUUUUUCCUUUUAAAGUAGAAAUCACAUUGACAAUCUCUGAAGUUUGAAGAGUAAAUUAUUUAAACUUUAAAAUUUUUGUGGCCUCAAAAUUUAUUUCACCCAGAUUUCACAAUUAAGUCUGUAAACAUUUUGGUAACUAUUUGGGGAAAGCUGUAGCUAUUCAGUUAUCUAGGCAUGAUUGGAUAGUGGAAACAUUUACUUACAGUGAUUUUGUGAUGAUAUCAUUACCAUUUAAGUGGUUUUGAAGAGGUAUUGUUUUACUACUAUGUAAAAUGAGUCAAAAGUAAUAAAAUUACUAAAAAUUUUCUUUAAAAAAAUUGUUCAUAUUUUGUAAAGCCUUAUUUUUGGCACAUUAAGAAGUUUGAUAUUAUGGAAUAUUCAUAACAAAGUAGAGAAAUUAUAGAAAUUUGACAUUUUGCACUUCUCUAUAAUUUAUCAUUUAAUUUUUUUUCUUGAACAUUUAAAUUCAAAAAUAGUAUGGAAUAGCUGUUAAAAAAACAACUCUGCCUUCUUCAAAAUGUUAUUUUGUUCAGGAUCAACCAGGCUGUGUUUUAGACUUGUGAAAUAUUUUGAUACAUUUUAUUACUGAAAGUCAUUUAGUUGCCUUUACUUGCAAAUAAAAACUCUCGCUUAAUUUUUACUCAAAUUUUAAACAUUAGAACUUCAGAGUAUAGCUAUAAGUAAGCCAGGUUGAAGAUUUUGGGAUGCUUUUCAGGGCAAUUCAAGUGACCUCAUUUUUGUUCUUUUUGUAUUCAAGACAGCAUUUCUGUCAUUGGAUCUCUGAUUUGUAGCAGUAAUAAAUAUUCUUUCAGUGUGAGCCAAAUUCAUAAAAUUAAUUUUCUGUAUUUUAGUGGAAAAAAGCAAUAUAAUAUCUUUUUGUCAGCUUGAUUUUUUUUUUUAAUAUUCCAGGGCUGACAAAAAAUGACAAGAAUGGUAGCAAUAAGAAAUGUACAGAAUUAGGGAACAUAGGAAACUUAAGUUGCAAAUUCUGUCAAGCAUUUGAAAUUAGAAAGUUAGGAAUUAAUGAAAUUGUUCUUGGAAUAGAUCCAUUAGUGAGAAGAAAAACCCAUUGUGUAGAAAAGAUUGAAAUAAAACUCCUUUACCUUUCAA